GAUUUUUUCAUUACAUCGAUCAUGCAUAAUUUAAGCGAUUGUCUACUGGGAUGAUUCGUUUAUGAUAUAAUUGCAAAGCGAUAUUCGAAACAUCAGACUUAUGAGUAGACGACAAUUAGUUUAUAUUGAGGACUACAAACUGUUUUGAGGAUUUUAAUAUAAACAUACAUAGAUAUAAAAUUGCCCAAACUUUUUAAAGCAGCACAAUGAUUUCGGAUAAUAUAACAAUUAUUUUUGCAUUGUUAAUAUGUAUAUUUUCUAAGCUGGUAAAUGGUGUAUCAAUUACAGAUAUUGAAAAUGUUUUAGAAACCUUUUUUUCACCUGCUAAUUACAACAGAGAGAUUCGGGGAAAGUUGGAUCAAUCGCAAACUUUGGAUGUAAAUUUGAGCUUUGCACUCAAGAACAUCAAGAAGCUUGACGAAAUUGAAGAAACGAUUGAGGUUUUCGCAACACUUUUUCUCGCAUGGAAGGACGAGCGACUGAUAUGGAACCCAAACGCUUACAACGGCACAGACAGGGUGUAUAUCACAGCGGACAAAAUAUGGCGCCCAGAAAUAACUCUGGAAAAUCCAUCAACUUCUCACAAUUUCUAUGGAGAUAUAACAAGGAUUCUGUCAUUCCACAAGUCUAAUGGUGUAGCUUCAUUAAUCUUAGGUGAUAUAUUCAAAUGCGGUUGUUCGAUUGACCUGACGUCAUUUCCAUGGGAUAAACAAAAAUGCGCAUUAGUUUUUCUUGUGUGGGGAUAUUCAGCGAAAGAAGUUGAACUUGUGGCAGCCAAAGACACUAUAGACCUUCAGGGUUACCAGUCAAACGGUGUCUGGACAUUGCUUUCAACAAAGGUAUAUUCUAAACGCCAUCCGCAGAAAUCACUUCUGGUCUUUGAAGUGGUUCUGCAGCGACGACCUGUGUUCUUUGUGGUCAAUAUACUCAUACCAAUAAUGACUUUGAGUGUGUUAGAAUUGUUUGUUUUUAUCAUUCCUAUUGAUUCUGGAGAAAGAAUCUCCUUUUCUUUAACAGUCCUCCUUUCCAUUGCUGUUUACAUGACUCUUAUCAGUGAUAAUUUACCACCUCGCGCUGAAAUAAUGGCGGCUAUUUGCUACCUUCUGGUGUUUAUUCUUAUCCAAAGUGCAUUUAUUUGUUUGUUAAAUAUUGUGAGCGUGGCACUUUAUCUCCAAGAUAUAGAAAAGCACCAAAUUAGCACAUUCUGGCGUAUCUUUGUUCACAUAUUUGGUAGGGCUAAUAGUUGCCGUCGACCAAGGAAAAUUGAUAAGAAGCCAAACAUAUCUGAUGAAAACGAUGAUGCAGGGGAUGAAGGCAGUUUUCAAAAUAUACAAACAUCUGAAAUGAGAGAGGAAAGUGCAAUAUCAUGGAAAGAAGUUAGUAAAACCUUUGAUCGCGUGGUUACAAUAUUCAUGGGGUUGCUACUGUGUUUCGGAUUUGGGAUGUAUGCAUACCAUGUUAUUACAGGGGUAAAUGAUAUUGAAACUGAAUAGAAAAAAAAGAAGUGCGGUUGUUCUCAAAAGAAUUAAAGUGAACCAAUAGGUGUAGUAAGUAUUUGUAACUUAUCUGUAAUUUAGCAGUAUAUUUAGCAGCUUGGAAACUGCAGAUUAAUAUAAAUACACCUUUUCUAAUCUGCAACACAAGCUUAUAAAUGUGACAUUUUGUUACAAGCAAAAUGUGGAAUCGAACGCUGAUAUACUGAAAUAUCAUCAAGUUGUAAAAAGUGUUGUUUUAUCAUUAAAUAGACGGAAAAGACAGCUGAAGCAGUGACUGUAUCUUUAUUGUGUUUGUUGUGAUUAAAAUUAUGAUAUUGUGUCUAAAUCCGUUCUCAACUCAAAAUUUCAGCUAUUGAUAUAAACAAAACUUUCAUAAAAUUCUCAUUUGUGAAAAAAUAGCCAUUUAAAGUAUGUAGAAAUCAAUUUCUACGUUGCUAUCUUUGGAACUUUGAGACUGUAUCUCAAAAUGUAUGUCUGAAAAGCAAAUAACCUAGAUUUUUGAAUCUUAGCAUAUUUGUUUACUAGUAAUGCAAAAUAGCUUGAGCUCAUGUUUCAACAAAAGACUGAGAAGUAUGUACAUGUUCAACUAGUAAUAUACAAUUUUUGACAGCA